GAUAAUAUCUUUAUUAUCACAGCUGAAAUAGGCUUUAUAAUUUAUGACCAACGUCACUAAAGUGUUUCGGUUCUUAUUUAUUCGUUUCCGCUACGUAAGUAAAAAAGAAAAUUCAAGUUUAGUUCAUAUUUUAAAGAUGUCCAACUCGAAGGCAGCAUCAGAUGACGACCAUUUCUUCUUCUCACAAACUAUUCUAAGCAUCAUGUUGGCCACACCAGCCGUCCUCUCAAAUGUCUUGUUACUGAUCACCAUCUCUCGAAGUACAAACGCGAGUCAGAGGAUUUGGCAAACGCCUGCAACUCUCUUGGUGGUCAACCUAGGCAUGUGCGACCUACUGGCUGGUCUUGUGCCUGGAUACGGGAGCCUUUAUUAUGACAUCUCUAUUUUAAGAGGCCAGAGAAGAGCAAAUCUUGUAGGUAUCCAGCGUUUCUUAACUAUUUCCGCUGUUGUGACUAAUAUCGUUUCUUCUGGCACGAUUACUGCGAUGUCUUUUGACCGUUUGUUCAUGGUUUCGUCUCCUCUUCACUACAAAGUCUUGGUAACAAAAACAAAGAUAAAAGUAGCAAUGGCGUUCAUCUGGAUUUAUUCCCUGUUAUUCGCCUGUCUUCCGUUGAUGGGGGUAGCGACAUCGACAUUCGUUCUCUUGUACUGCCAUCUUCAUGUUUCAGUUCCCCUGAUCAUCUUGCCUAUGGUAUACUGGAAAACAUUCCGCGCGCUUCGCCUACACAAUAAUCAGGUGCAAGAUGUAGCUGAUAACGAGCGAAGACAGCACAUGGGCAUGGCCCACAGGAACAGGGAAUGCAAAAUGGUGUCCGCAUUUCUCUUAGUUCUUAUCUUGUUUUACGCAUCUUUCGCCCCACAGUUUAUUGCUCAAAAUAUAUUUAUUUUUCACCCAAAAUACCAAUAUAUAGAUACUUUUCGAUUUUUUUUGUAUACAACAAACAAAGUUAUCCUAGUAAACUGCUGUCUGAACCCCUUCGUCUACGCGUGGAGAAUUCCAACUUACAGAAGAGCAUUUCAGGCGGUUUUCAGUGGCUGUUUUCGACUACCAAGAAACACUGUCGACAACCGUACUGACCACACACGUAGCAGUAACAGUUAAAAAAGUGUUACCACAAAGGAAGGAAUUGUUCGUUUACGCAAAUAGAUCAUUACCAUCAUAAAAACUUAACCGGGAUUCUGGGAGAAGACGAAAAAAACGGACGCACUUCUGAUGUGAACAUGCGACAGAGAAGGGAAAUCAGGGUGUUGGUUGAGAUAUGUAGAUUCCACCAAAGUUAUUUUUAGCCUUUUAUAAAACGGGAAUUGUUUUCUUAGACGUCCACGUCGUGAUCCGGUUCACUUAUUCCGAUAUAUUCUGACAGCAGAACUGCUUCUCUGUUUGUUUAAAUGCUACUUGUUUGUUUUGUUUUGCUUUUGUUUCGCAUGAUUUUUGA